AAAGAACAAGACUGAGGGACGCCGGCUUUUCUGUUACGUACUAAUACCUGAUGUAUCCCACGCUCUUGUUCCUUGCUCAACUCCCAAUUUCUUGCCAUUUCUUCUUUUCUCCACCUCAUGUCUGGAACCCCCAUUUACAAUCAUCGGUCUUUACAGCCAGCAGCACAGUCUCAUGGCCCGUCACGUCUGGUGGAGGCUCUCGAAGUGGUGAAACAGGAAUACGACCAUGUUGCGACAGAACUCAAUCAAGCGCGCAUCGUUCGUGAUGAAUAUGAGGCUAAAGGCGCGUAUCGUUGGCCGUUCUCUGCGCUCUUCAUUUUGCUCAUCUGCAUGCUGCUUGCUCCUGCCCAUCCCCCUCUCCUCUGCUCAUCCCCCCUCCAUCGCCUCAUGCUGACCUCACAAAUCAACGAGCUCAAUAUCAUUCGACAAGCGCUAUACGAGUUAGAGGCACAACACUCUAAGGUUCGACAGCGGUACGAGGAUGAGAUUUCUCACCUACGGGCGGAGGUACAUUCCAUGCGGCAGCUGCCAGGACCCGGUAUCGGACCACCAGCAGACAGGAGUGCCGAGAUGCGUGAACGGGAGCGGGAUAGGGAGAGAGAACGCGAACGCGAACGGCAACGCGAGCGGGACCUCCGAGAGCGAGGCGGAGACCGGGAUCCCAAAAGGCUGAAGUUGAAGGCCGGGGACCAGUUCAGUCCAUUGCUUCCGCCGGUCCAGGCUGGUCCACCAUCAUCCUUGCCAAAUAACCUCCCGAACGGGACGCUUCCUUCAUUGGCUUCCAUCGGCAGCCCUCGGCCUCCCAACCCAGCUGGACUGGGCCAUUUGCCUCUGCCGCCUCUUCCCACAGCGCCGUCCCGAUCCAUGUCAACGCGUUCGCCGCCCCCGACAGUCCCAGGACCGUCACCUUACGAUGACGAGUUCCUUGCCUGGUUGGAUGACCCUGCAUCGGUGCCCGCCGAAUAUAAGAAAGAGGGCAGCGGCGUGGGUGGGGAGUGGUCCGUGGUCUGGAACCCCCGUGUGCGACCCCGAAUGUUGACCGAUGUGGGAUUGGUUCACACGUUCGUCCAUUCGACCGUGGUGUGCUGCGUGCAGUUCUCCGCGGACGGCCGAUACCUCGCCACGGGCUGCAACAGAAGCGCGCAGAUCUUCGAUGUGCAGACCGGGGUCAAAACUUGCUCGCUUGUCGAUGAAUCAAAUGGGGUGGGGGCAUCCGCCGGGGAUUUAUAUAUUCGCAGUGUCCGCUUCAGCCCGGAUGGGCGACUACUGGCUACCGGAGCAGAGGACCGCAAGAUCAGGAUCUGGGAUAUCCAACAGCGCCAGAUCAUCAAAGUGUUCAGCGGGCACAUGCAAGAGAUCUACGCGCUGGAUUUCUCGCGCGACGGGCGGAGAAUUGUUUCCGGCUCCGGGGAUCGCACAGCCCGUAUCUGGGACAUGGAAAGCUCCAAGUCCAUCACAUUGAAUGUUGAUGGGGAGCGAGAGGGUGAUGCCGGCGUCACUAGCGUGGCAAUCUCGCCUGACGGUCGAUAUGUCGUUGCUGGUUCACUCGACAAUGUCGUCCGCAUCUGGGACGCAAACACCGGGGCCCUGGUCGACCGGUUGCGUGGCCACAGAGACAGCGUGUACUCGGUCGUCUUCACACCGGAUGGCCGGGGGGUUAUCAGCGGAAGUUUGGACAAGACGCUCAAGUGCUGGGACAUUGGAAGGAAGGACAAGGACGGGAUGGAUAAAUGCACCAUGAACUUUUUGGGUCACAAGGACUACGUGCUCUCAGUGGCUGUUUCGCAUGACGGAAAAUGGAUUGUAUCAGGAUCUAAAGAUCGCGGGGUUCAAUUCUGGGACCGAUCUGGAAUAGCGCACGCUUUCCUGCAAGGCCACAAAAAUUCCGUCAUCUCCAUCGACCUUAACCCGACGGGGAAUCUUCUUGCUACCGGAAGUGGAGAUAAUAUGGCUCGUAUAUGGAGCUACGGAUCUAUGUAAUAAUAAUGUUUUGUUAUCUGCGAGCUACUGUUGUUAUCUCUGUCAGGCUUUCUCUCUCGCCCGCCGCAUCGCAUACUGCCUCUGUAAAUCGCUCGUUAUGUUACAUGUACUUAUUGUCGUUUCAAUGUUCAAUCACUCACUACCAC